AUUAAAAUGAUUUAAGAAGGAUUGCAAUUUAUCUUAUUUGUUCUCCAUCUAUUAUUUGGAUACUUGAUUCCAAUUUUGAUGGCUGCAUUAGCUUAUGAAUAAAAAAAUAAAGAAAAAAUGAGUAGAUGGUUGAUGCAUUUUUUCCUCAUUAAUGUUUUGAAGCAAACAUUAUUUCCAAUUUCAUCAUUCAUUGGAUUAGGUAAUAAAAAUAAAUAAUUAGAUGCUUUGAAUGAUACUCUAAGCAUAUGCAUUUUGAUAUUGCCAAUUUAUAUAUCAUUUGAAACCUUAGAAAAUUUAUUUGAGAAUAAUUAUGUAAUUGAUUCUAAAAUAAAAUAGAAUAAUAUAUUUGCAUCCAAAAUUGAAAUUUUAAGAUAAAAGACAUAUGAAGGAUUAUAAAAUUUAAAUUUAUUAUGA